GCUGGAUUGGUAGAUAAGGCAGAAUACAUCCAAACUAAAAAAAAAAACAAAAACCAAUUAGGGAAUGACACACACACUCUCUCUCUCUCUCUCGCUCUCUCUCACACGCACACACGCACACACUCAGCUCUUCUUGAAAUCAUUGGUUUUUAGUGUGAUGUUCUGAAGACCCUGUUAUGCAGUAAGGGAACGGCGGACGGGCGGGUCUUUGGCACCGCCGGCAACGCGGCUUUGAGGAGGACCACGAAAAGCAAGUUCGCUGUGGUAUUUCUGGCUAAACCUCCGGCACUGCUACAUACGCGACUUGUGGGAAGAUCGCGAGGUACGAGUUUCAGUUCUCACGACUGAGCCAUAGCGACUUGUUGACCGGCUGCUGGGAGCUGCCCACGUUCGAUACAUCAACUGUUUCCUCUUCGACGUAACGUCCACUCGAGUAACAUCCACGCUUAUAUAUAUAUAAUUUUAUUUCCCGUAUUGAAAGCCGGCUAAUUUCAGGCAGUAUCGUCAAAAGAAGGUCAGAUGUUUUGUCUUCCGUGGUAGCAGGCUUCAUAUGUGCAUUUCAUAAUUCUUCUGAGAAAUUUUAGGCUCAAAUUCAAUUUCCGGAAGGGACGGUUUCAUAUUUCACCAUUUCGCAAUCUGGGUUUCCGUCCAACUCCCGGAAAAAUGAGUCUUCUGUCAAUUCCAGUUGCAAACCACACUGCCGGUCUUCUAAUGUUCUCAGCUUCCGCCCAAAUUUUCAGCCCUUUCUCACCAACCCAUCAAUACUCUGGACUUGAUUUCAACUCGAGUGUAAAGUCUGGAUGUAGCACAUCGCUCAAGAGGAUAACUAAAUCGCGCACUGCUUUAAGAAGCCAUGGUGGUUGGAUAGGUGUCAGAUGCGAAGUGGGUUUGCACAAAAAAGACAAUGGGUUCUAUAUGAGGAGGUGCGUGGAGCUUGCAAGGAAGGCAAUUGGGUAUACGAGCCCCAAUCCCUUGGUGGGUUGCGUCAUCGUGAGAGACGGCAAGGUUGUCGGUGAAGGGUUUCACCCAAAAGCUGGGCAGCCACAUGCGGAGGUUUUUGCUUUGAGAAAUGCUGGAGAAUUGGCCGAGAAUGCAACGGCAUAUGUUAGCUUGGAACCAUGUAAUCAUUAUGGGAGAACUCCGCCCUGCACUGAAGCAUUGAUUAAGGCCAAAGUGAAAAAGGUGGUGAUUGGGAUGGUGGAUCCAAACCCAAUUGUGGCCUCAACGGGAUUGGAUAGGCUGAGAGGUGCAGGAGUUGAUGUGACUGUGGGUGUUGAGGAAGAAUUGUGCAAGAAACUUAACGAGGCCUAUAUCCAUCAAAUGUUCACAGGGAAGCCGUUUGUGACACUGAGAUACUCGCUGUCAGUUAAUGGCCACUUUCUAGACCAGCUUGGGGAAGGAGUUGCUGAGGCUGGUGGAUACUACUCACAAUUACUAAAGGAGUAUGAUGCAAUUAUUGUUUCUCCUACAUCCUAUACAGAGACAUUUUCAUUUCCUGCAUCCAAAGAACCUGGAGCCAAUCAGCCUUUUCAAAUAUUAAUAUCAAGAAAUUCUAGUUCCCCUGUCCAAAUCCCUGCUCUCAUAAGAGAGGCUACUUCUAAGUUGAUUGUAUUCACAGAUAAAGAUAUUGCUGUGGAUCCAGAAACAACUGAAGGGGGUGUUGAAACAGUUAUUUUAGAUCGGAUAAAUUUGAAUGCAAUUCUGGAACACUGUAAGCGGCUUGGACUGUGUAGUGUUUUGCUAGAUUUAAGGGGGAAUUUUGGCAAUUUGGAAAAGCUUCUUAAAGAGGGUAUUGAGCAAAAUCUGUUACAAAAAGUUGUUAUGGAAGUCUUGCCACUUUGGGAUGAUAGUGUAGGUGGAAGUUCAUUUUUGGCACUUGAGAAUCUGGGAAGAAGGAUAAAAGUAAAACAGUUACAAUCAAAAACUUUUGGGCAGAGCAUUGUUCUUGAGGGAUACUUUUGAUGCAACUAAAACAGAAACGUUGUGACAAAAUUUCUAUUAAAACAUAUUAUGGUUUGAGCUGUGAGUUUUCAGCUGUUCAAGGCCAUCGAGAUAUCUAACAUUAUUUUCGGCUUGCAAGGAGAGGAGAAGGGUACCAAGUGGGAGAUCGUGACCAUAACUUAUGUUUCCUUUGUUUUCUUGCGAUGAAAUGAUGGAAUAGCCAUCUGCUUUGAGCUUUUUCUUUUCCCUGUAUUUUCGGAAAAGGUAAUUUUGUCUUGAGAAUUUUCAUGAGUUUGAGGAAGCACUCUCCUAAUUGUGAACUGAUAAUGGUUUGACCUGUUUGUACAUGGUGAAUGUAAAAUGCCCAUUGCAUGACUGCGUGGAUGGUCAUGUUGAAAAAUGUAUUUUGAACUUGCCUUUGUAUUACAUAAUAAACUUUCACUAGGCCAAUUUGUUUGCUACAUUGAAAAUCAA